AUGGUGAUGAGUUACCCGACAAAUCGUCUCUUUGCUGCCCGGUCGACAGUGCUGGGUCUCAGCGAAACUCCUCUGCCUCUGGGGGCGCCCGUGGUGACGUCUUUACUCUCACUGCCUGAUGAUCACCGUGAUCUCGACCCGCACGAAUCCGACCCGAGUCUAUGGCUGUACCUGGGAAUUUCAGCAGCCCUUGUCCUCAGCGGCGGGGCAUUCGCAGGACUUACAAUUGCGUUGAUGGGACAGGAUGAAGUCUAUCUUCAAGUGAUCCAGACCUCAGGCGAACCUACCGAACAGAAAAAUGCCGCUAGUGUUCUGAACCUACUCAAGCGGGGCAAACAUUGGGUUCUUGUUACCCUCUUGCUCAGCAAUGUGAUCACGAAUGAGACCUUACCUAUCGUACUAGAUAGGACCCUCGGCGGCGGAUGGCCGGCAGUCCUGGGAAGCACGGCUUUGAUUGUUAUCUUCGGCGAAAUUGUUCCACAGUCGAUUUGUGUUCGCUACGGUCUUCCUAUCGGAGCCUGGAUGGCCCCAGGGGUCCUAGUACUCAUGUACAUCAUGUCACCCGUUGCCUGGCCUGUUGCCAAGUUGCUCGACAAGCUGCUCGGCGAGGAUCACGGCACCAUCUACAAGAAGGAUGGACUGAAAACACUCGUGACUCUGCACAAGACUUUGGGAAACGCCGGAGAACAACUCACCUCGGACGAAGUCACCAUUAUCAGUGCCGUUCUUGACCUGAAGGAAAAAUCCGUGGGAAGCAUCAUGACCCCAAUGGAGGAUGUCUUUACCAUGUCUGCCGACACUGUGUUGGACGAACGCACGAUGGACCUUAUCCUCUCUCAGGGAUAUUCUCGAAUCCCGAUUCACGCACCGGACAACCCGACGAACUUUGUUGGAAUGUUGCUUGUCAAGAUGCUCAUCACGUAUGACCCUGAAGAUUGCAAACGGGUUCGUGAAUUUGCGCUGGCCACACUCCCUGAAACCCGGCCUGAGACUAGCUGUUUGGACAUUGUCAACUUUUUCCAGGAAGGGAAAUCCCACAUGGUACUUGUAUCAGAGUACCCCAGUGAAGACCGGGGGGGCCCUCGGAGUGGUCACCCUGGAAGACAAAUUAUCGAUGAAUCUGAUGUUUUCAUCGACGUCCACAAGGCCAUUCGGCGCAUGGCACCGGCGCCGAAAUCUCGUGUCCCCAAAGGAAAGAUUGUAGAAGAUCCGCCAACCACAUUAUCUCUUAUCGACGCCGACCCCGUCGACGGUAGCGAAUCCAGAUCAUCCUCCCUCCCGCGAACCUCAGAACUCAGCCGUCGUCGUAGUUCUGUCGAGGCACCACCGCCUCGCUUCCACUUGCGCAAACAAAAUGGCGCCAAUGACCGGAACUCGCCUGACGUGUGGAUUACACAAAGAGGCGCGACAGACGAGAUUCGGGAACACCUAAAGCAUUUAGGUCCUUCCAACCUGGCAAGCCGACCGCGUCAAACUCGUUAUCAUGCAGUCAAAAUCAAGCAUCGUGGCGGAGGCUCUCCUUCUCUCUCAGCCCAGACAGACGUCGACUCUGGGCGCAGCACAUCAGAGUCUCAGCGCCAAGUACCCCCGACUGGUUAUCAGGGCGGCAUUGGCGCAGGCCUCGUCACUCCAGGAAACGAUGCUAAAGACGGCGCACAUGCCUUGAAACUCGGUUAUGGAACUAUCAACGCGGCUGAUCACGUCACCAAAAGCACAAACGCACAACAGUACAAGGAGCUUCCUCAAGUCUCUAUCCCAGAAGCAGUCAAUGAAGAGCGCGAAGAACAACCUCACUCUGCUUCACAACAUGGCAACAGUGGGGCUGCUAGCGUCAAGUCCACUGAAUCCCGGUCUGAAGUCAUGUACCACCAUCGUGGGCCGACGCGCAGUGGCAGUAUUACGGAGCAGGUAGUGGAUGUCAACGGCAUCCGCAAAGUCGUCCUCCAUACCAACGGCACAAGCUCCUCAGAUGGAGAGGACAACAGUUACAGUUCACCAGAUCACACCAGAUAUUCAUCUCCUAGCCACAGCAAUGCGGCCGACUCCUCCAAAGACCACACCCAGGAGCAUCCAGAUUCCACCUCGAACAACAAAAAGCGACGCCGUCGCAAGAAGCGCCCCGGCCCGAAAAUGUCCGACGGGGCAGCCACAGAAGAACAGCCUCUGUUACAACCAUGA